AGUAGAUAACUGCUCCUCGUACCAUAAGGAGGCCCUCGCGCGUUUCUUCGUCUCACCCCAACAGGAUGGAGUCCAUAGGCGCGUGUGGUAUUUCUGUUUGAUCCUUGCGAAUAAGAUUUAGCCGUGGUCGCACGAUAGAAACUAAGAAUGGCGAACACGGCCCACCUCGUACGUCGCCAAAGCUCGCGGGACUUGAAGCCCCAAAAAAGUGUCGACAAACUCGAAAUGAAGGAAAUGAGGGGCAGACUAAUGGUGGAGAAUCGUAAGAAUGUCACUACUGCCAAUUAUGGGGCCACGAACGCAGCCUUUGAAGACUCCAGUCCUAAUAUGAAGAACAAAACGGGAAACGGGGGUGAGAGCAGUAAACUCGGGAGUAACGAAGGAAAGGCAAUUUUCCGACCGGAAGCGGGAGAGGAUGAACGAGAGAAUUGGGACAGCAAGCUUACUUUUCUACUGGCAACUGUCGGAUACGCUGUAGGACUUGGAAACGUAUGGAGAUUUCCAUAUCUCGCUCAAAAGAAUGGCGGAGGUACGUCUACGUGCUUGAAAACAAGGAAACGAGAAUAUGACAUAGUCGUGUACGUGACUGCCACAUUUCCGUAUAUCGUUCUGAUCAUUUUCUUCUUUCGUGGCGUCACUCUGACGGGCAUGUCCGACGGUCUACGUCAUCUUUUCACACCGAAGUGGUGGAAGUUAACGGAUCCAGUGGUAUGGUUGGAAGCGGGCACGCAAAUAUUCUUUUCCCUCGGUCUGGCAUUUGGUGGUCUAAUAGCGUUUUCAUCUUACAAUCCUGUGAACAACAACUGCUACAGAGACGCCAUUAUGGUCAGCUUCACAAACUGUUUCACUUCGAUGUUCGCUGGGAUCGUCGUAUUUUCAAUCAUUGGAUUUAAAGCUACCAUGGUCUACGAACAGUGUCUGUCCGAGAGAAACGCCACGCUUAUCAGUAUUUUUGGACAGAUUGAUAAAAUACCAACCGAAAUACCAGCCAGUGGUACGCUACUAAAUUUCACCACAGGAAAUGGAACGUUGGACAACUUGAUCAUGCCAGAACUACCCGAAUGCGACCUCGAAAAAGAACUGGACAAUUCAGCGUCAGGCACAGGUUUGGCGUUUAUCAUAUUCACGGAAGCAAUCAAUCAAUUUCCCGGGGCUCAAUUCUGGUCAGUGUUAUUCUUCCUCAUGCUGUUUACGUUGGGGAUUGAUUCUCAGUUCGGCACCCUCGAGGGCGUCGUUACGAGUAUAGUGGAUAUGAAAUUGUUUCCAAAUUUGCGAAAAGAAAUCCUCACAGGUGGCAUUUGUCUGGUUUGCUGCACUAUAUCAAUGGCCUUCGCCCACGGUGCUGGUAGCUAUGUCUUCGUGCUGUUCGACAAUUUCAGUGGAAAUUUUCCUCUGCUGAUCAUUGCUUUCUUCGAGUGCAUCGCAGUAUCAUACGUUUAUGGUUUGAAGAGAUUCGCGGAUGAUAUUGAACUGAUGACCGGUAACCGUCCAGGCCUUUAUUGGCUAAUUUGUUGGAAAUACCUCAGCCCGUUGGCUAUGCUGAGUAUUUUAAUCGCCUCCAUCGUGGAGAUCAUGGUCGAUGGAAGUGGGUAUCCAGCUUGGAUCGCCAGCAAAGGCGUCACGGAGAGACAGGAAUGGCCGAUGUGGUCGUUGGUUCUCAUCGGUGUUCUCAUUCUGGCGUCUGUUCUUUGGAUUCCAACGGUUGCCAUAUGCAGACUCUUCGGGAUACUGAUAAUCGAAGAUAACGAGAAGGCCUGGUUCCCAGCAGCCGAUUUGAAAGAGUUUCAUGGAAUCGUACCGCACGAAGUUACCCCUGCCGAGACAUUAUUAUUCUGCAUAAGAAGCGACGGAUCCGAGGGACUCUGUUGUCCAACCGGUGGUCCCAGCGACGACGACGAGGAUCUCACCUAGGAAUGGUCAUCGUCGCUCCCGUUGGGAUAAUAUGUGUUUGAGUGGUUUACAGACCUAACAACAGCAUUAUUAUUUUUCAGCGUUUCAAGUAUUCAGACACACUUCUCAUUGCGAUUCAAAGUCGAUUCUCAACACUUUUCGUUUUGCUUUCAAAGGAUGCUGCAAUGAUAUAUCGUGUCAAUUACCCUGAAAACGACGUUUAUAUAAUUCGAUAUACAAUUUCAUCGUAGCAUUGCCAAAUUCUUUUCUUCUAAAUUAUUGUUUCCUUUUUAAAGCAACUAAUUUGAAACACAUUCACAGAGAGAAGAUACUGGUUUCGAACGUAAACGAUUGCUAUUCGAUUUUCAAACCUGAUUUCCCGCUGUUUUACGAGUCUCUGAAUCAUUCGAUGACGCGUACACAUGUCAAUAUUAACUCGAGAAGCUCGAAUUACGCGAUUCCUGAUGAUGCGUGGGAAAACGAACGUGGACGAUAGAGAUAAAUAGGAAAUUGAAAGUUCUAUCUACGCGAAGAUGCAACGUUUUGUGUCUUUGAGUUAAACUUGCAGUUUCUUCGCUUGCGAAAAUAUAUGCGGUACAUCUCGAGCAUUUAAUGGUAUUUAAAGAAAUUUUAUAUUAUUAGAAUAUGAAACUUUUGAAAUGCUAUAAAAGCAGACAAAAUGAACGGUGAUCGAGAAACAUAAAUAUCAACGUAGAAAUUGGGAAAUGUAAAAACAUUUGAGUUUCAGUUAUUUCAACAAAGAUCAGAAAGCUCAUCAUAAAUUAUAAACGCUCUAAACGCUAGUAACGUUAACAUUUAUAGCGAUUAAUGCUCUAGAUAUUGAACCGUAGUCAUAAAUACCAUUCACGAGAUGUAUCAUAUAUGUACUAAUUAUUUAACACGCGACACGUCAUCUCAUUUGCAAUACGUAUUCGUUAAAGGCAAGUGAAAACCUUGCGACAGAUCGCAGAUCAUUAAAAAAGAAAAAAUAAUAAAAGAAAAUAGGAUAAUGUUAAGAUUAGAAACGAGACACUUUUACCGCUUAGCGAUCGCAGAUAAUGUGAGAUGUAAGAUUAGAGUAGGAGCCGUCCAAUGGCCGUGAAAAGGAUGUUUCGAAAUCGUUACAUUUAUGUUCAAUUUAGUAAGAUCAUACUCACAGUGGCGCGUUGUACGUGGGUCCCAAGAUGAUAUGCAAAUUAGGGGCACCAUAAAUCUAAUUUUAUUAGAAAUAGCAAACAAAGACAAAUUGGUUAAGUAAUAUUUACAGGAAAUUUAGUGCCAUUCUUUUUAGUAACGUAUCAAUUUUAUUGAAUACGAAACUCUUUUAUGUUCUCUUCAGAUAUUUCAAUAUAUAUUUUCUUUCUUCUUCGUACACCUGUGAAAGGAUACAGAGGUGUUUCGUGAGAUUAAACAAAAUGAAUAUAAAUCUACGUAAAUAAAAUUAGUGUUUAAAAUUGUCUACAUACAGAGUAUCGUAGCUCAUGUCUAACAAGUGACUUUUACUUCAAAAUUGCUAACAAAUUAAAUUCUUAAGUAAAAUUCACUUAAACACCACAAUACUCGAUACUCAGAUAGUUUCAUACAGUAAUUCAUUUACUGUUAGAAACCAGUAAGUGAGGUAAGAGAUGAGAAUAACAGGCUGAUAAUAAUGGGAUGCAGCUUUUAAGGUGAAAACACUAUAAAGGUUUAUUGUAGUUAUAAUAGUGCAACGUGAUAUGGCGAUUACACACAAGAGCUUGAUAGAACAAGUGAAGACGGAAGAAACAAAUGACACACAGAUAAUGCUUACUGUAUGCAUUGAUACUCUCUCGCAUUUACAUAACAUUGAAUUAAUUUUUGCUUAAUCUAAUAAAACAUCUUCGUAUGUUUGCUCGUAGUACUGCAGACAAACAAAAGGAAAACAUGUAUUGAAACGUCUAAAGAGUAUCUCUAAAUCGUCAUAACGUUAUUUAAAAAAAAGACAUUUUUCAUUCAAACUGCCAUUGAACAAGAAAAUCUAUUUUUCGUAUAUUGCAUAUAAAUAACAGUAAUAAAUGUUUGCAGCAUUGAUUUUUGGGAUCCCUUUGCUUAGGACCCUAGAUGACUGGUUUUGUCUACGGAAUAACACGCCACUGGAAAAGAAAGAAUUCUCCUUUAACGAACGAUUUCUCUGUUUGCUUGAAUUCGCAAUUAUUCGAAUUAGUAUUAUACAAAUUGCGUGAGAAUUUUUUAACGAUCAUACACCGACACGAGUAAAAAUAAUGCGAUCGAGAAUCAUAUCAAGAUCCCUUUUCAAGGAGCGAUCACGUGUGAUGUAUUUUAGUAUUUAGCGACCCCUGAUACUUCAAAGGUCAUCUGUUUUUCUAGAGAUACCGAUUACUUCGUCGAGAAACCUUCACAUAUCUCACUUGUCGAAUUUGUAGCCUUUCUUUCCAAUCGACGAUACGUUUGUCCUUUUCGGAGAGAAAAGCAGAACGCUCGAUGGACAGGUAGCUUAAUCGUGUCGAAAGUAAUUGACGAUCGAAGAAGGGAGACGAGGCGAACGCAUAUCAAAAGAAACGAUAUAUCAAACGCGUGAAAUUUAUUUGCAAAUUUUAACGCGACGCUCGUGGACGAGCAUUCUAAUCUAUAAGGACAAUAAACAAAUUUCUUAAGACUCGCGGAGUGAAGGGAACGUGUAACGCGACAAUAAUGCGAUUCAAUUCAUUGGGAUUAAUUGACGAUGGGAAUAUACGACAAUAAGAUCGAAAAAAAAAAAAAACGUUUGCACUGCACUUCUUGCACAUACAUUCACAGAGGCCUAUGAGAAUCGAGAGCGUCGAAUCGAAGGAAUAGAGCAAUUUCGUUCUGAUAUUUUCGUACGUUCGAGUGUACAAUAAUAUAUACAUAUAUUUUAUACGUUAUGUUGUAAUUUACGUUUUUUAAUGACGGUAUAUUUGUAAUCGCGCAUGUAAGAUAGGAUAUUUUUUAGAUAAACAUUGCACGAUGAAUCGUGGAAAAAAAAAAUGAUAAAAAAUGUGAAACCAUUUAACGUGUCUGUUAUUAAAAAGAAGAGUAUCAACGAAGCGUGACAAAAAAUUCUUAACGCUUGUCGUUAAAAAAGAAAUAAAUUGGCGCAGUAUGGGGAAGGGUAAACUGCAUCUAUUCCUUCGAUGAAAGAAACGUUUAAUAGCGGAGACUAGAGCAGUAGCGAAGAUGCGCUCAGAUCACGUCUAUUUGUACUUCGGAUCUCACUAUUUUAUAUGCGCGCUUUUGGGUAUGGGUCUUAACUCUUUCUAACGAAUUGUUGAUCACGUAUCUCUCAUAAUUCCGAAAGGAUUCUAACCAAAGCUUGGACGAGAUGGUAUCGUAGAACUCGCACUUUAAUAAUCAAUAAUAGGUGUCCUAUCGGUUUCCACUAAGAACGAGAGAUUUAGCCCCGUUUUUUCGAUCGACUUAUAGACACGCACAUUCUUUUUGGUACAAGACACACAUUCACAUAGGCCGUUUCUUUAUUUAACAAGAAGGUGCUAAACUAUAAUAACUUAAGGGUGAUUUAAUACGAAAUUAUAAUACUAUAUAAAUAUAUAUAUAUACACACAAUCGUUAAUAAUAAUAAUUGUUAAGAACCCUUUAUUGAGUCGAAUAACGGCCCCGACAAUAAUUAUGUUGCUCCUAAUCGAUUAGUGAUUUACUUAUACUCGCAUAUUAUGAUUAUUCGUAUAAAGUAGACGAGCUGUAAAUAAUUGUUGAAGUGUCUUUUAAACCGAAAAAUGACAAUAACUGCGAGUCGAGAACCUGCCGCGUGAAACAUGAAGAAUAUCCUUUACGAUGAAUAGUACAAAUGUUUCUUUCACGACGAUAUGUAUGUACGUUUCGUAAGCGUCUAGUACGACGCACGCCUAGUCUCCAAUUUACACGGAUUCCAAAGUAACUAAUUUUCUAUAUUCAAAUUGUUAAAAACGGAAAUAUAUGCUGUGCACGUAUUUGUAUAAUUAUUUUUUAGUACCGAUCAUGUGUUACUAGCAUGAAACGUAAAAAGGAAAUUAAGAGAGUAAAACAUAAUUAAUAGUUAGUUACUAAUGAACGACUAUGACUCUUCCAGCAUUUUUGCAAUUCGAUUGAAUCUUUACAUUUUCAAAUAAAAAAAAGGGAAAAUAGAUGGCCAUAUCUAUGUAUACAAACUAAAAUAAAAAUUACAAAAAAGUAUAGCAUUAUAUAUUUGCUAUUUCGUGAUAUUUUAUUGUAUUUCAUCACUUUAUUUUACGUUGAAAUAAUGAAGUUGAUUAAAUAACUUCGCGAGGAAUUUCUGUGCUGUGAAAUUUUCCGUGUAAAUCGUAGGAUAGGUGUACGCAAAUGUCAGACAAUAAUCCGCUCUAAUGGAUUUUGAUUUUUCAUACCGAUAUCGAGAGCUCGAGCCUUUGAAAGGCUGCGUUGGUAAAUACAGUGUGCUAAAGUUGUUUAAUCGUUAAUCUGUAUUUAUUCGUGUCUUCCUCGAUAUCUCAACGAUCAAUUACAUGGAACCCUUUAGUGUCAUCGAUUGGCCUAAUUUAGGGUUUUUCAAACUCUGUGUUAAAGUAAGAUUAAAUUCGUCUUUCUUAAAUUUUGACAACUUUCGUUUAAUUUAGGGGGGUAUCCUGAAUUAGGAGGUCUAAAAAAAUCGGUUUUUCGUGAAUUUUUUUAGGCUGGAAAGAAAUAAUUAAUUUUAUCAAACUUUUUAUCCUAUUUUCAUACAUAUUUGAGUAGUCUGUACAAACUUUUUCAACAAGAAAUAUUGUAAUUGAGUCGAUUGCGACGCACAUUUGUAGAGCACCUCACAAUUAAAACCUCCUUUUAGUAAAAAACUAAAAGUAAUUUUGGUUUGACACAAAAAAAAAACCAAAAGAAAUUUUCAUUUUCAUACAUUUUUCUUCUAUGCGAACUAAGAAAAACCCGCAAAAAUGGUGAAAUGGGAAAUUACUGCAAGCUUGAAAAAAAAAACGAGUUCUUUGGGUGAAAAACAUCACGUUAACUUGAUAAAAAAGUUGUUUAAAAUUCUUUUUGUACGAAUUUUUUUAGUUCACAUAGGAGAGACAUGUAUGAAAAUGAAAAUUUCUUUUGGUUUUUUUUGUGCCAAACCAAAAUUACGACCUGCAUCUUUCCCGCCGAUACGAGGUUUUAAUUGUGAGGUGUUCUACAAAUGUGCGUCACAGUCGACUCAAUUUCAAUAUUUCUUGUUGAAAAAAUUUCUACAGACUACUCAAAUAUGUAUGAAAAUGGGAUAAAAAGUUCGAUAGAAUUAAUUAUUUCUUUCCACCCUAAAAAAAUUCACGAAAAACCGCUUUCUUUAAACCUUCUAAUUCAGGAUACCCCCUUAAAUAGUUUCAUACUUUAAACUUUUUCUACGUUUACUAAAACAGUGCACGUAAAUAAACAUAAACAAAAUUUAGUGAACUGACAAGGGCGUUCUUAGAAAUUUAUUUAAUACAAUUUACUGUAUUCAAGAUACUACAUAAUAUUAGUUUCCUUAAAUUGAAUUCAUAAAGAAUUAAUGAGGUUACAAAACUUCCGUAAAUAGAUAAAAAUAUUAUGGCAAGUAUUUUUAUUUGUUUUUAUUCCAUUGAAAGCUUACACGGCCGAAUUUGAGAAACCCUGGCCUAAAUAGUGCAAAUAAGUAAAGCGAACGACGCAAACGUUGAGUAUAACGAACAAUGCAGCCAAACGUGACGAUAAUUUAGAAUUUUAACAUCGUUUUGCUUUCUUUACCUCCAUUUUCGAAUAAAAACCGACAAUAAGUCACUGCAUCGCACUUUAUACAUAUACCCGCACUUUGACUCGUGUGUAAUUUAGAAUUUGUUCGCGUCCGCACGAGGGUUCAGCCAGAGAUGGGCAAAAUUCUCAUCUAGAUACAAAUUUCGAAUAACAAAUAAAAAAAUAAACAACUUUCGAUUUGUAGUUCGCUCGAUAGAAAGUCCAAUCUGAAUUGGUAAAACGAAAUUAUGUUUCUCGAUGAAUAAAAAGCUUAUCAGAGUAAAAAUAUUUGAUCGAACAAAGGUUACCAAUAAAUCUCGGUAGGGCGUUUCUAUCACUCGUUAUUAUCCGAAUAAAAUUUUACCCAUCUCUGGUUUCAGCAGAUGGUGUUACUUCUCGUCGAUAUCAGUAGAGCGAACGUACGGUGUCAAUGAAAUAUAUCAAUAUCAUUAGAGUACUGUUAGGUGCUCGAUCAACAAUAAAACGGUAAACAUCAACUUUUAUAGUGGAUUUCCUUAAUUUUCGACGUUGUUGCUUCCGUUCGUUGUUUUCUUUUACACGAUGUGUCCCGUAUAAACUAUUACAAGCUGUUUUUAACCGACUUCGAAAAGGAGGAGGUUACUCAAUUCGACAUGUAUAUAUAUAUAUUUUUUUUUUUAUUUUUUUCUUCGAAACUAUUGAAAAUUUCGAUGUUAUUUUUCUUAUAACUAAAGAAUACAGAGGAGCUAAUCUUUCAUUGCGAAAGCAAACUUUUUGGAGAAAAUGUUAAGGACCAUAGGUGGUCCCAUAUUUUUUCUUCAAUGUCAGUCAGUUUUAUAAGAGCUAUACGAAUAAUAAAAAAGAAAUACCACCUUCAAUUUAACAAAAAUUUAGAAUUCCUCCUUUUUCCUCUUAACAAUCAUCUGAAAAAAUUACGUUGUAUUUUGAAAGCUUGUAAUAAUUUAUACCCAACGAACUGUGUAGACUAAAGCAAAACUUAUCAAGUUCGAUAAACAUGUACGAAGUCGUGUGUCCAUCCAUACUUAAGAUGCAAUUAAAUGUGAAAUAAAAAGGUUGUGUAUCCGAAGGGACACGAGAGUGUAGGCUGUAACAUUAGUUUCCAAAGAUGAUUCGCGUUAUUAACGAAAUUUUAUUAACAAUACAUCGUACCAGGUAGCCAAAACGUCGAUGUAGCUUGCGCAAUAAAACAAAUAAGAAAUUAAAAUGAGUAUAUAUACACUGAUAUUACGUAUACGUAAAGCUGUAAAUAUAUAUAUUGUUGUCAGUUGAAUGUUAAAAUAAAUACCGUGCGUGAAUACGGA